UGCUGGGACUAUAAAUGGGACACUCGUGCGCAUCAACCGGCACGCUCUCAGUCGCUCCGACUCGGGAACCAGGUCAUCAGCGGAGAUAGCAGGCAAUACCUCGCCCAACUAGGCUAACUCGCUUUAGGCUUUGGUUUUAAGGAUGGACGCCUUCUCGAUUUUUCGGAGCCGACGAUGCUCCAUCGUGCGCAACUGCAAACACGGUCUCUCCCUCUGGUUGGUGGUGUGGAUGGUCCUUGGUGAGCCAAGUCCAGUGUCGGGAUGCCCGCAUCACUGCGUGUGCUACCCGACUCCCAUGACUGUGAGCUGCCAAGCGCAGAACUUCACCACCGUCCCGGUCGGAGUGCCCUAUGAGUCGCAGCGUGUUUUCCUUCAGAACAACAGGAUUACGGAGCUUAGAGUUGGCUCUUUUGGCUUCGGGACGCAGGUCUUGUGGCUGUUUUCCAACAACAUUACAUGGAUCGAAGCAGGGGCUUUUAGUGAGCUGAGGGACUUGGAGGAGUUGGAUCUUGGGGACAACCCUAAUCUUCACCGGCUGGAAGGAGGAGCCUUCCGGGGCCUAGAGAAGCUCCAGAGCCUCCAUAUGCACCGCUGCAAACUCACCGCCCUGCCCCAUGACAUCUUUCACAAGCUGUACAGCCUUCACUAUCUUUACUUACAGGAAAACAGUCUUCACUUUCUGCAAGAUGACAUCUUUUCAGACCUCAUCAACCUGAGCCAGCUUUUCCUGCAUGGAAACCGUUUACGCACCGUCUCAGAAAAUGUAUUCCGUGGCCUGGUCAACCUUGACCGCUUGCUCCUUCAUGACAACCGCGUCAGGCAGGUGCACCGACGGGCCUUCCGCGACCUCGGUCGCCUGACCAUGCUAUUCCUCUUCAACAACUCUCUGCCCGAGCUGCCCAGUCAGGCUCUGAGGGACACUCAGGGCAUAGAGUUCCUCCGCCUCAAUGCCAACCCCUGGUCUUGCGGCUGCGAAGCCCGGGCCCUGUGGGAGUGGUUCCGGGAGGCCCGUGUCUCUUCAUCUGAAGUGAUCUGUGCUUCUCCCUCCACACGCCGCGGCCAAGAUCUGCGCUUUCUUCGAGAAAUGGACUUUGCCCUCUGCCCACUGCCCGAUCCUGGUUCCAUCGCCGGUUCCACCACCACCACUUUCAGCACCAAAACAAGAUGGUGGUUCCACAAAAACAAGCCCCAGUCAUCUACUAAAGGUCUCUUUGAGAAGUCUUCGGAGACCAUCAAAGCCGGUUUGCAUGGGAAAGGCCCAUCCACAACCACAUCACUAGUCAAAUAUGAGCUGGGGGAGGAAGAACUGGCACUGCCUAAACUUGACCAGGAAGAAUACUGGGCAAACUAUGGAAACGAGGACUCGGGUGUCUCCCUGCGAUGCUUUGAGCUCGAAUGUCCACCUGAUUUUGAUCUGCCAACAUUUUCCUCCUCUACCUCACUACAACCCUCCUCCCUCUCACUACUAGCUAUCUCAGUAUUCACAUUCAAACUCCUAUUACUAUUACGCUGAAUCUCACUUAAUGUGCCCCACUCCUUACCUUCCAGCCUGUUUUAAAGGCUGCAAGGAUCCUCGUUAAGACUCUAUAUUCCCCCUUUGACAGCUCUGUUGUGCUAAUCCUCAAGGCACAACGAGUAAGGUAGGGGGGUUCUGAUUGUAUCAACUGCAGGGCUUAACAUUUAUCAGGGGUGCUAGGAAGUCUUUAGAUACAACACAAUACAGGCACAGCAUUGUGCUUGAAGCUUGUAUGAUGUCACGAUUUUCCUGAAAUCAGGGCUUUGAGGGCUAAGUCCAUCAUUAACAUCAGCAAGAUCUGACGGCAGUUGUCAGUGGUGUCUUUACUUUUCUCAACUCAACUGAGUCAAAACUAAUAGUGCUUUUAUUGCACGCAGGUAACUCUUACACAAAAUACUGUUAGAAAACAGUGUGUAGUAACAACAGUAUUGUAAUCACUUACAGUGUCAUGUACUGUAAAUACUUUUGUUUGUUUGUUGUGGGUGCUCAAAUUCAUGUCGAGCUAAUUUUGAUCCAGAUAAACUGUGAAGACAAAAGGCAUAGAGGAGACAAAGAUCCUAUUGUAUUCUGCUCAGGGAGUGGCAUGGAAAGUAAAUUAGAAAGGGCAACAUUGUACCACACAGGAGAAUAUAUUGGGCUAGCAGCUAUACUAAAUUAGAAUCUCAAUGUUGUUGCAUUUUAUUCCCACCUGAGUAUUUCUGUAAAUAGGGUGUCGUUAACGACAAACAUCGGAAAAGAAUUCUUCCUUUCAGGAAGCCUGAGAUUGCUUGUUAGAUGUCUUUCUGUGACAUAUUGAUAUUAUGUAAAAAGACCUUUGACUGAAUGCAGAUGAAUGUCUUUAUAAAGAGAUACCUUGAAUAUUUCUUGGAUCACACUUGUGUAUUUCUUUCAAGAUGUUCGGGUUUGAUGAAGAUAAUUAUUUUUCUUACAAAAUCGAUUAUUUAAAGAAACAAAAACAACGACUAAAAUCUAAUCUCCAGCGAAAAGUAGCAGAUUGUUGCUUUGUGACUAAAUCUUGAGUACAUCUGAGUCAAAUGUCUCAAAAGGACACACCAGUCAUUCAUACAGUUUUAGUCUGGUCUGGAAUGGCUCUGAGUGUGAACGGCAUCUGCCAUAGUGUAGAUAAAUAAGGUUGAGUGGAUUCACAAGCUGGCAGCGCUGCAAGAGGCAAUUACGUCAGUAAGUUAUCACUCCUGUGAGUCAUCAGAUAAAGAUGCCAGAUGAAGCGAUGAGGUGCAAAUUGGCUGAUUUACAAACAAACUAAGAGAGCAGUGGGAGUCAAACGGUGAGCAAAGUGCAGAAUGAAAUGACAAAGACCCAUGCACAUGUAGACAUAAGGAUGAAGCAUGAGCUUCAGUGGUAAUAGAAGCAACAGAGGGUGAAGAAGAAAUCAGCUAAAAUGGGCAUUAUCCCAUCUCAUUAGAUGACUUCAGAUCACUUAAAUUGGUCCAUUGUUCACUUUUUAUACAAAGCAUGGCUUAUAUGCUUUCAUUCCAUCUACCAUAAAACCUGCAGCUCCCUCCGAUGUUGCGAUGGAAGCAAAGCAAAGGUGUCAAGGUUGAGGUACAGUAGGAGUUGAAGUGUGGGUGUGCACACAAACUCAUGAAGCAACUUGUCACUGCAAAGGAUUUGGACUAGAAGGCAAGCAGCUUCUUUUCUCCUCAAUUUGGAACAAUAACAAAUGAACAAAGCUCUAUUGUUACACUGUCACCCACUUGUCUUGUUCACUUUGCUGGCGUACAUGUUAAGUUGUGAAGGGGAAGGAAAUACACAUUUCUCAGUUUCAUUUUGUCAGUGGUUUAUCUGUCAUUUUUACUGUACAAGAAAAAUGUGUCAUUAAAAGAUGCAGCAUUAAC